ACGACCCACUGCGGCUCCCCACUUGGGCUCACAAGUGGAUGUGUUAAAUGAGACGACGGAUGAUCCCUCGAUCAUGUACAAGUUGUACAAGAGCGAGCUGGAUGCGAUCACGCCUGAGCAGGUGGAAUGGGAGCCAUAUGGAAAAGGAGAGAGUUUUGGUAACCCUAUAGAGUUCAGGCUGAAUCCAAUGUGCACUAGGGAUAGGGAUCUCUGGCAUAUGCGGUGCCCACUGAUAUGCAACUGGGCGGUUCAGCUUCACCUGCCACAUCGGGUGUUCCGCCAGUUUGGUUUGUUCCAGCCACACCCGCCGGAGUGGGAGGACACGGAGAAGUUGCUACACGCGUAA